AUAAACAAAGUUUUGGAUUUUUAUUGAGUUCUAUUUCCAUGUAAAAUAAAAGUAAAUUCAUAUUUUUAAAAAAUGCCCGCUGUUAAUGAUCCAGAACUGCAAGUGAAAGUUAAAAAAACAUCCGAAAAAAUCUCGGAAAAUAUGCACAUUAUAGCGAACGAACCAAGCUUGGCAUUCUACCGCAUACAGGAACACGUUCGGAAGGUGAUUCCGCUGAUUGUUGACCGUCGGGGAGAGGUGUACCAGCUCCAGCAGGAUCUGCAAGGAAAAUGCUACGAUAUGGAGUACGCUAUUAGUGCCAUCAAAGAGAUUGAAGCAGCAGAUCAAUCGUUGAAAAACAUUCAGGAGUCACUGAAGAAUGCCAUUUUCCUCAAGCAGCAGUUAAAGUACGUGGAAUCGAGAAGACCCAAGAAGGACUCCAACAGUUCCGUGUACAAGCGACUUUCGGCGCACAUAACGUUGGACCUACCGGAUCUGCCGGACAUUUCUGGCGUUGUUCGAGAAACGACCAACCGCGUGGAGCACAUGAUGUCGCAAGCCCGCAGCUCAUCGUCCACCAGUUCCGGUGGGGGGCCGGCCGAACUGCAGCGAUCCUAUACCACCUUGCAUUGAAUGGUUUCUCCUACUUGCUCCCACUUGAGCGACAGUCAUAAUUCCUUUUCGUUUCUGUGAUUUAAUAUUAUUUCGUUUAUAUUGACUGAUUUUACUAGCUUUGAGAAAAUAAAACUAGA